UGCAGAUCAUCUUGUGUACUGGAUAACCCUUCUUUUAUGAUUCUGUGAUUUUCUGAGGAAGGUUUCUUAGCUCUGCUGUAGGAGGCGGGUACAAUUCCAAUCAAGCAGACGCGUUUCAGAUGUGCUGUUUCCUUCCUCAAGGGCUUUUCUGGCAGGGGUAGGAACAGAACAUGGUUGUCCUGACCCAAUCGAUUGUGUUUUCCCUUUUCUGCCUUUUCCUCUCAGGAAGAUCAGGUGAUGAAGAGACACACACCUUUUCAACAGAGACGGUUAGCAGAUGGGCUGUCAGUGUCCUUCUACUGCAUUUGCCUUGUCACCACAGACUCAACCAAGAACCGUUUGUUCUUCUUCACGAGCUGCACUCAGAAGGGCCUGCUGACCACGGAAGAGAGGUGGCCGUGCCACGCCAGACAGAUGUGCCUCCUGAAAGACCCCUGCUGUGCUCUCCACCGUGGCAGAGCCAGGAGGAGCCACGGCCAGCAAGCAGAAGGAGGAGAGACGUGGCUGGAGGCGAUGGACAUCCAGCUUCCCAGCUGGGUUCCGGGGUUGACGCGCAGGGAGAUGGCAUGGGUACGUCAUGUACAUCACCACUCCCUUCUCCUGAGACCCCGCCUGGAGCACUGCAUCCAGCUCCGGGGUCCCCAGGGCAAGAAAGACAUGGAGCUGGUUGGCAGAGGAGUGUGCAGAGGAGAAACCCCGGCACUGCUGCGGCAGAGCCUCUCCAAGCACUUGCUGUCCAUGUGCACCACGUUUGCGAUGAAGCAGCAGGACCCCGACUCGAGGGAGCAAGGGGGGCUGCUCUGCUCUUUCCAGCGCUGCUUCGUUUGCGGCGAGACGGGCGCCGCCAUCACCUGCCAGCAGAAGGGAUGCGACCGCAGCUUCCAUCUCCCUUGCGCCUCAGAGGGUGAAUGUGUCACCCAGUUCUUCGGGCUGUACAGGUCCUUCUGCUGGGAGCACCGCCCAGAGCAGGCAGUGCAGGCCGCUCCAGAGCACAACACCACCUGCAUCAUCUGCCUGGGCCUCGUGGAGGACAAAAAGUCCUACCACACCAUGGUGUGCCCAGCAUGCCAACACGCCUGGUUCCACCGGACCUGCAUCCAGAAGCAGGCUAUCCAUGCCGGCGUCUGCUUCCGCUGCUUGCGUUGCCAAAGCAAAGAUGAGUUCGUGAUGGAAAUGCUCACCAUGGGGAUUCGAAUCUCCAAGAGACAACCGUCACGGGAGAGCGACCAGGCAUUUGGACUGGUGUAUCAGAGGCACAUCCGCUGCAAUGCCAGCAAGUGCCUUUGUCUGGGAGGCAGGGAGCAGGCAGAGGAAGAGGGGUCCUGGCAGAUGCUCCUGUGUAGCUCCUGCGCAGCCAAAGGCAUCCACAGGCGCUGCUCCUACCUGAGGAACAGCGCAACCACCUGGCAGUGUGACUGCUGUGCUGGCCUGGGCCCUGGCGCCAGUGACAAGUCAGAGCUUGCCAGCAUCAGAACCGCCAGCCAGGCGGCAUCGGGGCUGUCCCAUGGCUCCCUGGUGCCUGAGAGCAGCAGGCCCAGCACCAUCACCUACACACCACCGGGGCCAUCCCGCAGCUCCCCAGGGCCUGAAAGCAGCAGCCGCUCCAGCCACCUUGGGCCAGACCGCAUCCGGCACCGCUCGCGGUUACAACGUCGGGCGCAAAAGCCAUACAGCCGGCCUGGCAAACCCCGUGGGACCAGCCACGUGCCAGCUCCAAGCGUCGAGCCGAGCAGCCCCAGCACUGCCUGGCAGAUGGCGCUGGGGCUGUUCCUUGGUGUGCUGGCGCUCCAGAGGAGCAGCUCCACCUCUGCCAGCCAGGCAGCGUCGGGGCUGUCCCGUGGCGCUCUGGUGCUCGAGAGCAGCAGCCGCUCCAGCCACCCUGGGCCAGACCGCAUCCGACACCGCUCGCGGUUACAACAUCGGGCGCAAAAACCAUACAGCCGGCCUGGAAGAUGCUGCUGA